AUGAGCGAUACGCCCGCACGCCGCUCGGCGUAUGCAUAUGCGACCCCGGCGCGCACGCGGCCGAAGGACUUUACGUCCGGCGCAGGCACUCCAACGCGGCGCGAGCAGCGCGCUUUUGAGAUUGGCGAUAUGGUCAAAUUAGAUGGCACGGGCCUCACGGGUGUCUUGCGGUACAUGGGACCGGUGCAUGGUCGAGAGGGCCACUUUGCAGGGCUCGAGCUGACUGGCUCCUCUUAUGGCCAUGGAAAAAAUGAUGGAACGAUUGAUGGAUGGCAGUACUUUGCGACGACCCCGAAUAAUGGCGUGUUUGGACCUGUGAGCAAACUCAUUCCGCUCAGUACAGCGCGGCCUACGAGUGCUACAGCACGGCCCCUCUCCGCCCUUGCUGGACGAUCGAGUCGUACAGAUAUGUCGAAAGCUGACGCCACGCCGCGGCGCCCCCGCACGAGUGCCGUGCCUGUGCCUUCAUCGGUCCCACGCACGGCGCCACGAAAGAGUAUGGGCGCACGAACCACACGCACGGCACUAGGAUCAUCCGCUCAAGCAGCUCCCUCGCCUCGAAGGCCGCUGUCAUCAGCUGCCACAAUGCACAGGCCUGCGACGCGUCAGGACGAUGGUUUCGUGUUUGAUGAUGAUCCAGCAGAAAAGGCCUCGCCACAAGAUGCACGACAGACAUUGCUAGAGCAGCUGGCUCUACCUACGACGAAAGAUGCGAUCGCGGAUAUAAAAGCAGAUCAUGCAGUGCCGAUGGCCGAGUACGAGCGGCUGUGUGACGAGCUGGCAGAUAUGCGACGAAAGCACAGUUUAUGGGACGAGGAGCGGGCUGAGCUCAUUCUCCAUGCCCAGCAGCGCGAAAAUGAACUCGAAGCCACGAAACGACUCGAAUGGGAAGACGAGGUGCGGCAGCGGCACAUCUUGGAAACCCGAGUACGGGAGCUAGAGCGGCAGCUGCAUGAGGCACUCGAUACGGCCACGGUAGCGGCUGACGCGCAUGAUGCUCUCGAGCGAAAGAUCAAUGACCACGUCGAGCGUAUCGUGGAUCUAGAGACGGCCCUGGCAGCCGCACAACUGCGUGCAGAGCACGUCGCACCUGAAUCGAGCGAAUCGGACGCCCAAAGGGAGCUGUCGCUUCUCCACGCCAAGGUCGAGACGAUGAUGGCCGGCUGGAACCGCGAACGAGUCGACCUCACGGACAAGAUUGCCGAACUGCAGCGAGCGGGAAAUGAGCUUGUCCAUGUCCUCGAGCAGCUGGCUCUAGCCAGAGAUGAGAACGAGCAGCUCCGCCAACGAGUUCAGGCACUCGAGGCGACAGCGCCCGGUGACGACACAGCAACAGGUAUUGACCGCGCUGCGCUACAAGAGCAGACGGCGCACCUUCAAGCUAAGGUCGAAGCGCUCGAAGAGGAAGUGCAUGAGGCGCGUACAGCAGCAGAUGCGGCGCGCGCUGAGCACGACAAGGUACGCGCAAGCAUGGACGAGGCUGUCAAGGAGGGGCAUGCCAAGGCCACACAGCUUCAGGAGGCCCUACAUGAGGCCGAGACACGCACGUCUAAAGUCGAGCUGGCACUCAAAGAGUGCCAUGCUAGCUGGGAACGCGACCGGGCGGAGCUUGAGCAAUUGCGCGAGAUACCCGCUACGCCCACACUCCAAACGGAUACGAGUGACCGCACGAUAGACUCGGGUGUCGUGCAGGCGCUCGAGGCUCGCAUCUCUCAGCUGGAACGCGAGAAAGAUGAGCAGCAUACACAAUUUACGAAAGAUAUUGCUGAACUUGAAUCGCUGGUUGAGUCGCGCAUCUUUCGCGAAGACGAGCUUGAGACCGAAUUGGAGCAGUUACGGGCGCAGACGGCGUCCAGCUAA